GAUAACAUAUACUUCUUGCAUUUUCAAUUUUAUUUGGGUAAUUCAAUUCCAUACCAAAACGAUGGCUUGUUCUCAUUCUCACUUGCUCUUCUACCCAUUCACCUCUCUCAAAGAUAAACUUACACUACAUUACACCAAAUUUCCAGAAAACCCCACAAAUUUCGCAGCGCAGAAACUCACACCCAGAUUCAAUUCAUCAUUUUCCACUACACAAAUUACAGGAAAUGCAGAAGUAAUUCAGGAACCCAAAGAGCGACAGAAAUUCAGAUGGGUGGUAAUAAACCCAGAAAAGGUUACAGAAUCACAAAAACUUGCAAUUUCUAGAUUACCCAAGAAAAUGGAGAAAAGAUGUACUGCAGUAAUGAAGCAGAUUAUCUGCUUUUCACCUGAAAAGGGUAAUCUGUCUGAUUUGCUGGGUGCUUGGGUGAAGAUUAUGAAGCCCAGAAGAGCUGAUUGGCUUGCAAUUCUUAAGGAAUUAUGCUUUAUGGAUCAUCCGUUGUUUUUUGAGAUUUCAGAACUUGCACUUUUGGAAGAAUCAUUUGAAGCCAACAUUCGUGAUUAUACCAAGUUAAUUCAUCUGUAUGCCAAGCUUGACCGGCUUCAAGAUGCAGAAAAUGUACUCUUGAUGAUAAGUAAAAGAGGGCUUACUUGUGAUCAGGUGAUAUUGACGACCAUGAUCCAUAUGUAUAGCAAAGCUGGCCACUUUAAGUUGGCUGAAGAAACAUUUGAGGAAAUGAAGCUUCUUGGUCAGCCAUUAGAUAAAAGAUCAUACGGGUCAAUGAUCAUGGCUUACAUCAGGGCUGGAAUGCCAGAUAAAGGAGAAGAUUUAAUUAAGGAAAUGGAACAGCAAGAAGUGUAUGCAGGUGCGGAAGUUUUCAAGGCAUUGCUGAGGACUUACUCCAUGAAAGGUGAUGCUAAAGGUGCACAGAGAGUUUUUGACGCGAUCCAAGUUGGUGGCAUUUAUCCUGACAUCAAGCUGUGUUGCCUGCUCAUAAAUGCCUAUGUUGAGGCUAGACAAAGUCAAAAAGCUCGUGUUGUAUUUGAAAAUAUGAGAAAGGCUGGUAUACAACCUAAUGAUAAAUGUGUAGCUCUUUUGUUGUCUGGUUAUGAAAAGGAGAACAUGGUUAACACAGCUAUGGAGUUCUUAAUACAUUUAGAGAGAGAAGGUGUUGUGGUUGGUAAAGAAGCUUCUCAAGUAUUGGUAGAUUGGUUCCGUAAGCUAGGGGUAGUGGAGGAAGUGGCGAAUGUCUUGAAAGAGUUUGCUGCCAAUGAAGCUGCUUUCUGAAAACCUCACUCUGUGGCGGAGGUGUGUUGUUCUGAAGGUGGCCAACCUUUCAUUGAGUUCUGUAUAACUGAGAGGCAGGAAUGAUAAACUAUCGAAAAAGUCUAUAAUCACAUUCUGAAGACCCGGGUUGCAGAAUGGUAAUUCAAUGUUGUUUGAUCUAAUCUGACUUAUACCAGUUCAUCUUUGGUUGCCGGGUUAGCUUUUCUAAUAAAUGUGAACGUGUUUCAUGCAGUUGGUUGUUAUGGGUAACAACGGAUGCAAAACUCUGAACCUCUGAAGACAGACGGCAUAGCAGCCCGAGAUCAGUAACAACUAACUAACAUGAGUGUUGGUACUGUUGCAAGAGCCAAACACAGAUGCUUUUGGCUUGGAAGAAUGAACACACAUUUUCAGAACUUUAAACUUCCACGGUUCCACCUGUUCUAUACGGAAAGGAAGGAUUUUGCAGGUUUCAGGGGUUUAUUUAUUGUCAUAGAAUGGUACAUGCAUCUUCUGCAAAAAGUCUAUUAUUAAAAGGUGGACAUAAAACUGUAUGUAUGAUAAAUUUGAAGUAUUUAUUUUACCAGAAUGUUCAGUUUGACAGCAAA